CCACCACCACCACCACUGCCACCUCCUCCAGUCAGUUCACGUCAGCGCUUGGGAUAGGAUGGGUUUCUCUCCCUCUCACUCACUCACUCGCUCACUUGCUCACUCGCUCGCUCGCUCCCUCUCACUCGCUUGAAACUCCCGACGUGUGAGGGAGUGUCCAUAUCUAUACGUUAGUUUGCCAGUGUUUGCGAAAUCUCAGUGCGUGUCCGUGGGAUAUCGUACUGUUAUUGUGCUAUUGUCGUACGUACAUGCCCACCCCCACGCCCACAGGAAUACAACACGUGUGGGGUGUGGGCGUGUGUCCGUCCGUGUGUCCGUGUGUACUUGGAUUAGUUUGUCAUUGAACACCUGUGACGAAUUGGUUAUUAAUAAGCACCACACUUGACGAAAGAAAACGAGGGGAAAAAAAAAACUAACGAAAACGGAAUAAGAAAAAAACAACAACAACGUAGAAGAGAGUAACAAAAUAAAAAGGAAGGAACGAAGAAAACACCGACAAGAAAUAAAACAAAACCAAAUAAAAAGAAUAGCAAAGAAAAAAAAGGAGAGCAAGAGACACAGGAAAAGAUGGAGAGAGAGGAACAUUUAAACCUGCGAUGGAAUGACCACACCCUUACCUUUGUUCACCUGCUGGACCACUACAGAUUACAGGAGCAGUACUGUGACGCUAGACUGGCGUGCGCAGGGGGUGGCGUGUACCCGGUCCAUAAGGUAGUGCUGUCCGCCUGCAGUGACUUCUUCGCCUCCAUCUUCGCCUCCGACAGCUUCCAUAACCCGGUGGUGGUGCUGCAGGACGUGGCCACCGAGCACCUAGAGGCUUUACUGACCUAUGUCUACCGCGGGGAAGUCCUCCUGGCGCGUUCUGACCUCCCUGCGUUCCUCCAAGUGGCCGAGAGUCUACAGGUGAAAGGUCUCGCCCCGCCGCCUCUCCUCCCACUGUCCCGUGACACCUGGGAGUCCACCACGGGGGUAUCACAUAACGACAAAUACCCCAGCGUGCAUUCUUACCCUUCAUCUUACAGCCACGUGGAUCCGUCUCAGUAUCCUCGUUCUGAUCCCCCCAGCUCCUCCCCCGUGGGUUCUGAAGGGGUGUGGGAUGGUGAAGGGGUGCGAGGGAGCGCCGCCCCUCUGUACACGCACCACAAGGCCCGAGGGAGUGGCCAGGGGAGUGGGGAGAAUGUUCGCCCCCUCAGAAAAAGGUUCACGCCCAAUUUUGUCUGCUCAGAACAGUUUGAGAGAAGCUUUCAAAUUCUGGUGGCGUCUGAGGAAGGAGACAUCAAGAAGGAGCCACAAGAGGAGGAAGAGGAUGAAAACACAGAAUACAUUGAUACAGUGCCCCUGACAAUUUGUGAAGAGGAGGAAGAGAAGGUAGACAUGGAGGAGGAGGUGAUGGAGGAAGAAGACGAGAUUAAUAAAGGAAGAGAAAAGGAUGAGAGAAGAGGAGAAAGAGAAGAAAGACACGAUGCCGAACAGCAGCAGCAAGAAGCGAUGGAGGAGGAAGAAGAGGAGGAGAAGAAGGAGGAGAAGGAAGAGGGAAGGAAAGAUGAAGGAAGACAAGAAGGAAGGAGAGAAAUAGAGGAACAGCAACAAAUAGAGGUGAAAAUAAUGCUGGAUUCAAGACAUCCUGAAAUUAUGAACGUGAGCAGCAUCACCACUACUCCCUCUCCCUCUCUCUCCAUACACUCCCCAACCUCCUCCAACCGUUCCUACUCCUCCCCCUCCCCUCCCCUAUCCCUCUCCACGCUCUCCCCUACCUCUGGACACCACGCACGCUCACCCACGCAACCCUACGCCCACUCCCCAACCCCGGCCCCCAAUCCCCACUCCCCCAUCUCCGCCACGCCUCCCUCCAACACCUCGCAUCUUCGUCAUGAGUUGCUUAAGCCAGUUCAGAACCGUGGCUCCCCAUACUCCCAUCUUGCCCUCCCCCCCCCGGUCAUUGCAAGGGAUGGGGAGGCGGUGGCAGGGUUAGCAGGAGGGUUAGCGGCAGGGGAAGUGUCCGAGAUGCCAAGAGAACCCCCGCCUCUUGUUAAAAUUUCUUCAGUGUCUCCUGUUUCAACGCAUCAGUCCCUUUUGCCCUACCAGUACCACCACCAUCACCACCACCCCAACCACCAUCACCAUCACCGCAGACACCGCCACCACCACCACCACCACCAUUCUCACCUGCAUUCUCGUCAGAGUGACGGACGAGAAGACACCACCUCCAUCACCCCAAUCCCCACCGCCACCAUCACUUCUCCAUCCCCAUUCACCUCCACCUCCACCAACAAGACCCACCACCUCCUCGUCACCACACAGCCGACGUACAGACCGCGCCUGCAACCACCUCUUCCAUCUAGCACAGUCCCCCAUUCACCGUACCUCUCCACACCUUCGCAGUAUAAAAACCUGCAGCUUAUGGAUACGGACACCCCUUUGAACCUCAGCCAGGACACACAGCAAGGACAGAACCGCACGCAGCAUGCACACAGCACACAUCGCCACCGCGGAGCACACCAGGAAAGACAAAGAGACGGUGACCCAUUCUUAGGGAAGAUCUUGACUAACAGAAAACGGAGACUGCGCGGGCCAAAAUCCUGGGAGUACUUAGUUAGGCUUCUACGGGACCCUUCCACUAACCCUUCUCUGAUUAGAUGGGAGAAUGAAGCUAAGGGCGUCUUCCGCUUAGUACAACCUGCUGCCAUUGCACAAAGGUGGGGAAGGAGGACAGGUAAACAUGCUAGUGAGUGCUUGAGCUAUGAGAACUUCGCUAGAGGGUUACGGUACCACUAUGCAACGGGGGCGCUAGAACCAGUGUCGGAGAGGAGUUUUGUGUAUAAGUUUGGCCCCAAGGCUCAUCUCGCACUUGGGGAUGGUGACUGGGGCCUGCCUACUGGUGAAGCGACGGUGACUUCUGCUGAUGCGGAGGAGACAAGGACCUGAUUGUGUGUGUGUGUGUGUGUGUGUGUGUGUGUGUGUGUGUGUGUGUGUGUGUGUGUGUGUGUGUGUGUGUGUGUGUGUGUGUUACGCUAUUGUGAUAUUAUUAUUGCUAUUAUUGUUAUUAUUAUUCUGCUGCAAACAAUUAUUACUACCACUAUUACUGCUUCUGCUACUACUACUACUACUACUACUACUACUACUACUUCUACUCCUACUAUUCCUACAACUACCACUUCUAUCAUCACACAUGUAGCUUCUUUCGCAACCAUUAUUACUAUUAUUAUUAUUAUUAUUAUUAUUAUUAUUAUUAUUAUUAUUAUUACUACUACUACUACUACUACUACUACUAUUACAACAACAACU